CCCUCUUUAAUUUCUCACAAAAAUAUAACAGAAAAAAACAGAAAAGGAGAAAAAAAAUAAGGGAAAAAAUCAGUUAAAUAGGGGUUUUAAAUUUUCCCGGCGAAAUGGAGAAACCUGGAGAUCACGCAACCGAAUCGGAAACGCUUCCUCACAAAUCCAACGACCUAGAGAACACAAAUCAUUCCCAUGAAUCAGAACACCAAUCGCACAACAACGAUUCGACGGAGAAGGCGACGCCGGAAUCGGAAUCGGAAUCGGAAUCUUCCCAGCUCAGCCUUACCCAGGUGAUGGAAGCCGUGGACGAUUUCAUCCAAUCGCUCUCCUCUUCCACAGAUCCGUUACAAGAGAUCCCUCCAGCGGUGGAGCCGUUCCCGGAGACGGUCGAUUCGCUGGUGUCGAAGAUGGAAUCAUCUGGCCUCGGUCGGGACGAAACAGAGGACUCCGCGUUCAUCGACGCCGUUAACCGCAUCUCGAUUUCGGUUAUGAGACUGAGGGAGCUUAAUCUAGAUUCGACCCCGGUUUCCUCGUGGUUAAACCGGGCGAGUUCGGUUCAGCACCAUGCCGUAUCGCUUCUCGACGAAGAGUUCCGCCAUCUCCUCGAUCGCUCCAUAGAGAAUAACAAUAAGAAGAAAAACGACCACGAUGAAUCGGACAACAACGACGAGCGGGAAGACGCGUUCCCGGAUUUUCCACCGGAAUCAAUCGCCACCUUGAAGAAGAUCGCCGGAGCCAUGAUCUCCGCGGGUUACGAGACGGAGUGCUGCAUGUCGUACGAGACGUCGAGGCGCCACGCGUUCAAGGAGGAGCUGAGCGGGAUGGGAUACGAAGGGAUCGUCAACAACGUGGAAGACGUGCAGAGGAUCCCCUGGGAGUCUCUCCAAGGAGAGAUCGCUUCGUGGAUCUCUAUAGUCCGCCGCUGCUCCUCCGUGCUUCUCCCCGGAGAGAUCUCUCUCUGCAACGCCGUAUUGCCUGAGCAAGAUCACGCUAAAAUCCGUAAACGCCUCUUAACAGGCUUUCUCUCCACGGUAACGAUCCGGUUCCUAGAUUUUUCAGGUGCCGUGGUGCUCACGAAACGGUCUUCGGAGAAACUUUUCAAGUUCCUUGACAUGUACGAAACCUUACGAGAGUUGGCCCUUGCCGUUGAACAAUCGGACUCAGAUCUGAUCCACGAGAUUAAGCUGGCUCAGACGAGGCUAGGAGAAGCAGCAGUGACCAUCUUUGGGGAGCUAGAGAACUCGAUCAAGACCGAUAUUGGAAGAACACCGGUUCCAAGCGGAGCGGUCCAUCCAUUAACACGUUACACCAUGAACUACCUGAAAUACGCAUGCGAGUACAAAGACACUCUAGACCAAGUCUUCCAACACUACGAGAAGGCUGAAUCAGACCAAACCGAACCCGAACCGGAGAACCAAAGAGAAGACGACGAGGAGUACAAAACGUCAGCUUUUGCUAGACAGAUGAUAAGAGUGAUGGAACUGCUCGACGCAAAUCUAGAGAUUAAAUCGGCGCUGUACAGAGACCCAUCGCUGAGAUCAAUAUUCUUAAUGAACAACGGGAGAUACAUUCUCCAGAAGAUCAAAGGCUCCACGGAGAUAAGAGACUUGAUGGGACAAGCAUGGACAAGGAAAAGAUCGACGGAGCUUAGACAGUACCAUAAGAGCUACCAGAGAGAGACUUGGGGGAAAGUGUUGCAAUGCAUGAAUCAAGAAGGGUUGCAGGUGAACGGGAAAGUGUCGAAGACAGCUUUGAAAGAGAGGUUCAAGAUUUUUAAUAACAUGUUCGAUGAGAUUCACAAGACGCAGAGCACGUGGAUCGUGAAUGAUGAGCAGAUGCAAUCGGAGCUAAGGGUUUCAAUCGCGGCUCUAGUGAUUCCGGCUUACAGGUCUUUCUUUGGGAGGUAUAAGCAGCAUAUUGAUUCAGGGAGGCAUACGGAUAAGUAUGUCAAGUAUCAGCCUGAAGAUAUCGAGUCUGUUAUUGAUGACUUGUUUGAUGGGAACCCAGCUUCUAUGGGACGGAAGAGGACUUGAAAACUAUGUGAGUAUGAUAUGGUUACGUACUUAUGAUUAUUUUUCCUUGCGUUCAUGUUUAUAUAUAUAACCAUUCUCGAUCUGAGAUUACCAUGAAAACUUUUUGUUUUUUUUCGUUUAAAAGUUUGGGUUUUUCUAUCGUUAACGUCUUAUGUUUUAACU